CCUGGGAGAUUCCGGAGUGAAACUGGUGUCUGCGGCUCUGAGGAACCCGGACUGUAAAAUACAGAGACUGGGGCUGCACAGUGUCGGUCUCACAGAUUCUGGAGCCGAGGAUCUCGCCUCCGCUCUCAAUACAAACCCCUCACUGACGGAGCUGGACCUGGCAUGCAACUCCCUCACAGACCGAUCUGUCCCCGCUCUCUGCCGCCUCAUACUGAACCACCCGAGUCUGGAGCAGAUCAGGAUGGGGGCGAAUCAGUUCAGUGCAGAUGGAUGGAACCAGCUGGGGAAUCAGCGGGGAACCAGACCCGGACUGAGAGUGGAUGUGACAACAUCUCGGGAUCUAACGCGUACGUUCUCUGAGCUCCUGACACAGUGGAACGACGACCUAUUGUUCCAGCUGACAACAUUCUAUGGGGAGAGACUGAAACAGGCGAUUGAAGAAAGGGUUGAACGUCUCAGCUUCACGAUGAAAUGGGAGGAAUGUUUCAAUGAACAAGAACACGGGAGUGUCGCUGAGCUUGCGGUAAAGGGAAACCGCAGAGAUAGUUCCAUACUCUUCCUCAGUCUGGUGAUAGAGAAGGGUAACCGUGCCCGGCGGGUGAUGUGGGAAUCCUUUGUGAAAAUGCAGAAUGAAUUACCAAAGCUGGACAAAAUACUGAAAGAAAUCCAGGAGCUCGGUCCUGAUCCACAAGAAUACAUGAACAUCACCAGAGAUUUAACUGAAUUACCCUCUCAUAUGGAAGAUGUUCAACAGAAACACAAGGAGACUCUGCGGGCACAGACUGAAACACUGAGCGUGAACACCAUCCUGAUGAACGAGAAGGUUAAGAAUUUCCUGCUGCUUGAUCGAUACGCUGAGCUCACAAUCAUCUCCACUGUUCGAGAUCGGACACUGGUGGAACAUGAGCUGCUGGCAAGAGGUCGGGACCAUGAGGAAUGGCAAGAGAAACAUCUCCGGGGAGAACUGGAAAAAAUCAGGACUGAUCAAUUGUUCCACAGCAGCUUUUCCUGGUGUAAAUCCGGAUCUGGGAGUUCAGCAUCAGUGGCCGGAGUCGCGGGGGUCGGAAAAACAACAAUGGUGCAAAAGAUUGUUCAUGACUGGGCCACAGGGAAAAUAUACCCACACUUCCAGUUUGUCUUCAGUUUCAAAUUCCGGGAUUUGAACAUGAUUAAAGACAGAAUAACCCUGAGGGAACUGAUUCUGGAGCAAUAUCCUUACUUUAAGAAUAUCCUGGGAGAGGUCUGGAAGAACCCAGAGGGAUUGCUGUUUAUAUUCGACGGUCUGGAUGAAUUCAAGGGCAGAAUCGAUUUUGCUGACAGUCGGAGAGACACAGAACCUCAGCACAUGUGCCCUGAUCCUGAAUCCCGGUCUGAGCGCGGCCUCUCCACUGAGCGGGACUUCCUGAGUGAGCGCUACUUCCGCCAUGAGAGUGAAUUCCACAUUGAGCACGACUUCCGGAACUGGGACACAAUGACCUGGGAGAUUCCGGAGUGA